AUGUCAGCCGCCAGACCGCGCAUCGUUGUUGACGACACGGACACGAGCCAGAUUCGGUACGAGGGAGAGUGGGUCGCCGACGCGAGUGGGAUAAACGAUCGUGCUGGGAAUUUUGGCCCGACGCUCAACAAGACGCUGCAUGGUGUGUUCAACGGGGUUGGGGGAUUUGAGUUCGAGUUUUCAGGGAGCGAAAUCGACGUCUUUGGCACCACACUAAAUCGAGAUCGCAAUGCCCGUCGGGAGGACCCUACCUGGGACUGCUUCGUCGACGGUGUAGCGAUCGAGAAGAUUGGGUUUGAGUUCAUCGAAAACAACUGGGUGAUGUGCACCGUCCAGAACCUGAGCGACGGACCCCACAUCCUCACCGUCAACGCUACAAGCCGCGGACGCCCGUUCUGGUUCGACUACAUUCGGUACCUUCCCUCAGCGGGUGUUUCGCUAGAUAACGCCCUGGUGUAUGUUGAUGAUACAAACCCUUCUGUUCAAUACGACACCAACUGGCGGCCGCUUGGCGAUGUUGGGCAGAUGACUUCCGUGCAAGGCGCGAAGGUGAUGUUCCAAUUCACAGGUACCGGCCUGACUUGGAUCGGCGUCACACCGCGAGAGCUGCCGCUAGCGCCGUCGAUGGGAAGUUAUUCCAUCGAUGGUGGUAAUUCCACUGCAUUCGCCCUUCAGGGCUUGGCCGAGGGUGUGGUUACCCAAUAUCAUCAGAUUGUAUUCAAGACUCCCCGACUUAAAGACGAUACUCACACAAUCUCUGUCACCUACGAGGGGGCAACAAACACAACGCCUCUCGUCCUCUCCCAUCUGUUUGUUCAGACCGGCGCUUCUCCUCCCACAUCCACCCAAACCAUCACUCCACAAGGCCUGCCCUUUCCUCCAAGCUUCUCGAGCUCAGAGAUAUCAAUUACAGCCGCAACCUCCAUACCCACUCCCGCUGCCGCAUCUGCCAGUGCCUCAAGAAAAAUCAACAUCGGUGCCGUAGUAGGCGGUAUCAUUGGUGCCAUCCUCCUCAUCCUCAUCUCUUUCUUCCUCUAUCGAUAUCUCAAGCGAUCUCGCCUACGCCCCGUCCCCGCCUCACAUGAAUUUAUACACACUGUGCCGACACCCUUCAUGGUAUCAGAACGCUCAACGCCCGACAACAAUAGCACGGCGUCGCUCAGAGGUUACGGUGCUGCCUCCCAGCAGUGGGGCUCAGACUAUAUCCCACGGCCGUACACAGAGCAGCCAUACAGUUGGCAGAAUAUCCCAUCGACGAGUCGGCUUGUUGGCGAGGGGCCGAGCAGACCAGGGCCUUCAGGGCGAGCUGCGAUGUCAGACGACCUGGGAUCGGAGGGCCCGUCGUAUUACGGCGGAUAUCAGAUCUGGGGGCAGACCAAGGCCCAGGAAGGCUUGGUCGGGGAGCGGCCGAGGGACAGCUAUAUUUGA